UUUGGCAAUUGCGAUUCCUCUUCCUUUUGCCCCACGAUACUACUCAGCAAUGAAAUGGGUUCUCAGUCCAACGCCAGUUAUCCUGGCUUUGUGGCGCCUCCGUUUGGAGUGGAGCCGGACCUGAAGUGGGAACCAAGCAGGCUCAACAUCGUGGUGCAGAGCCUAUGUAUUGCGUUGACCACAACUUUUGUCGCAACCCGGAUGUGCAUCAAGUGGUUUCUUAUCAAGCAGAUACAUCUGGAUGAUUACGUGUGCAUACUGGCCUGGAUUGGAUCGAUUUUCUACUCCAGCAUAACGAUCGCUCAAGGGUACCUCGGUCUGGGUGUCCCCCAGUGGAACGUCGCUCCUGCCACAGUACUCGCUUUCCUUAGUCGCGGCUAUGCCUCCCAAAUUCUCUAUGGCCCAAUCGCCUUCACAACCAAGCUCGCAAUUCUCUUGUUACUCAUGCGCAUCUUCUCCAUUGAGCGCCGUUUUGUUCAAUUCUCGCGCGCGCUCAUCGGGGUGUGCGCUGCGUAUUAUAUCGCCAUCACGCUGGUGCAGGUGUUUCUGUGUCGCCCAAUCGCUAAGGCCUAUGAUCCACGCAUUCCAGGCCGCUGCUUGGAUUCUCGAUCCAUCUUUAUCACGAAUACGGCCAUUGCUAUUUUGAGCGAUCUAGUGAUUCUCGCAGCGCCCGUGCCCGUGAUAUGGAAAUUGAAUAUGGGAUUAUGGAGGAGGAUUGGAAGUAUCUUGGCGCUUGCGGCUGGUGGACUCGCCUGCAUUGCGACGAUUGCGCGGCUCGCUGUCAUAGUCAAUGGCCUGACGUUAAAGGACAGGUCAAAAUUCGGCCCACCUAUCGUUAUCUUGAGCUGUUUAGAGGUCGCAAUAGGUGUGAUAUGCAGUUGUCUCCCCGUACUCCCUGCUCUCUUCCGACGUGUGCUUGGCGGUUCAAUCACCACCACAUAUGGGUCACGCAAGCAAUCAACAUAUAAUAGUUGGGCGAAACGGAACACGAUCAAACUGAAACCUACGGUUGGCUCGACGAAGUCAGCGCAACAUGAUGCCAGUAGGAAUAGCAGUCAGGAGAAUCUGAGAUGA